AUGCCGUAUUCAAUUUGCAGAUGUUGUGGUCAAUAUAUACGUUUAGAAAUUCAAAGUAAUAAUGGAGAACACCUUAUAUAUAGUUGGAAAAUUUAUGAAAAUGUGGAAAUGUCUGAACUUAUAUAUUCAGGAGCAAAUUCUGAUUUUUUUGUAAGCAUGAAAAAAUACAUAAAACUAUCAGGAGAAAUCUCUAUUCCUGACGUUCUUGGUUUGCGUGAUCAUAAUAUAAUUUAUGAUAUACAAUUAAAAGUAAACUCAAUUUAUCCACAUCUUUUUAACAUUACUGCAACUAAAUCUCAAAAUAAAAUUGCUAAAUUAACUACUACUAUGCAAAAGAAAGGAGAAAAACUACUAAAAAAAGUAUCAGUAAUCUCCCAACCGCCAAUAAUUUGUCAUGGAAUUGAAAUCAAAGAACCAGGAAUGCAAUUAACUCCAGAAGCAACUUUAGCACUUGCAAAGACACAUCACGUAAACGGAUCAAGCGAGCUAAGACCAAUAAUGAAUAUAUGA